AUGGAGAAAACUCCACCAAAAAGCCCUCAAAGACGUAAGAGGAAGACGAUGAGAUUUGGGGAUCCGGAAGACGACUACCCUUGGGAUAAACCGGAAGAGGAAGACGAGGAAGAGAGUGAAGCGGAGGAAGAGGAUACCGAUGACUGGUCGUAUGAAGGAGAUACGCGGGUUGACGUCUACGAUGAAGACAUGAUUGAUGAGGAUACCGAGGACUGGUCGUAUGAAGGAGAUACGCGGUAUAUUCACCAUGGCAAACGAGGUUCCAUCUCCGCCGUACCAGGCCUUUUAACUGCCUCCAACGCCAAGGCCGGAGGUGGUUCCGUCUCCGCCGUACCAGGCUCUUUAGCUGCCUCCAACACCAUGACCGGAGGUGGUUCCGUCGCUAACUCCUCCGCCGCCGAACAAGGCUCCAUCUCUGGUUCCAGCACCGAGUCCAGCGCUGAACAAGGCUCCGUCUCUGGUUCCAACGCCAUGGCCGGAGGUGGUUCCAUCGCUGACUCCUCUGCCGCCGAACAUGGCUCCGUCUCUGGCUCCAGCGCCUCGUCCAGCGCAGCCGUAGUAGGCUUCGUCUCUGGCUCCAGCUCCACCUACGUGUCUGGCUCCAGCCCCUCUGUCGUUGCCUCCAGUGCCAACUCAAACUCCGGCGCAGUCUCCGGCGCAGGUAAAUAA